GAAGGAGGCGGUGAGGGAGAGCUGGGAGAGAUUCUGGUGCAGUGAUUUCUUACUUUGUAGCAGGCGGGACAGGCAGACCAGUAAAGCCUGAAGAGGACAAAAGCUUCUGGUCAUGUGGAUGGAUGGAUGGAUCAUGGAAGGGACAACUGUACAGUAAUACUGCAGAAGAGAGGAUGUUGAGCAAAUGCUGACAGAUGGCCAGAUCUCCCACUACCCUGACAAAGCUGAAACUGGGCAAACUCAAAGUGGUGCGUCGGCAGCUUCUCCAGCGUUAUGAACACCAGCCCUUCAUAUCCUGCCUAGCUGGUUUUUAUGGGUGCCAGUGGAAAAGAUACCAGCGGGCACGCUCCCAGCCUGGGGAAUGCUGCUGCAGCAAGUUGGAGUGCAGCUGUUUCACAGUCCUCAUCAUUUCUUUCUUGCUGUCUUUGGUGUUUUUAUAUUUUUGGAGCCAGGCACAAAAUGACUAUGAUAACUUUGACUGGUUCAGCUAUAGGAGUUCUGGCUUUUGGUUUCCCUGGUCUUUGCUGGUGUUUGUACUUGCUAUAGUGCUGUUCUCUUAUGUGGCUCUUCUGCUGGUUUUGGCCGUAUGCUUACUUUCUGAAGGCCAGCGUCUCUACCUUCACUGGAGCCACAAGGUUGGAGUUGUUGUCACUUUGGGAUUUUCGGUUGCUGCUAUAGCGAUUUUUUCUGACCGGUGGAAUGAAGAAUGGACUACACUUCUACUGUCCUUCCAGGUAACUGCACCAUACCUACAGAUCGGUGGGGUGGCAGUUAUGACACUGAUUUCCUGGCCUGUGGCAAUGCAUGUAUCCCGGAUGAAUAAGAAGGUAUACCAGGGGCUGACAAUGGCGAUAUAUUUUUCUGUGUUGCUGACAUUGUUUCUGCUCCCUCUUGGAUUAUAUUCUUCCUGCAUUAAAGAAGAGAAGUCUUUUGGAAUUAAACCGUUGCUUAUUGGGCACAGAGGUGCACCAAUGCUAGCACCAGAAAACACCAGAAUGUCAUUUGAGAAAGCCAUUAAAUUGGAAGCUGAUGGACUGGAGACGGAUGUCACUAUUAGCUAUGAUGGAGAACCAUUCUUGAUGCAUGACAAGAAUUUGAAGAGGACUACUAAUGUGGCUCAGAUUUUCCCAAACCGCUCAAGUCAGCCUGCUGCCUUUUUCACUUGGAGCGAACUGGAAACCCUCAAUGCUGGUGCAUGGUUCAUUGCAAAUGAUCCAUUUGGAACAAAAUCUUCACUGUCAUACGAAGACCAGAGACUUGCAGAAAACCAGUCCAUUUGUAGACUGAUUGAUUUCUUACAUUUAGCUGAUAGUCACAAAAAACUUGUCAUAUUUGACUUGUAUCAGCCUCCUCCUGGCCAUCCCUACAGAGAUUCCUGGAUUAACAGGACUCUGGAAGUCAUCAAUGAAUCCUCCAUUGACCCCAGUUUGAUUCUGUGGCUGCCACAAGAGCAGAGGUCAAUGGUUCAAAGUCUUGUACCCGAGUUCCAGCAGACCUCCAGCCAAAAGGAUUCAAUCGAGCAGCUAAAGGAGGAUCAUAUUGUCAAGCUGAAUCUACCCUACAGUGAAAUGUCUGCAGAGCAAAUUAGUGAAUAUGCUGCUUCUAACAUCACAACUAACCUGUAUGUGGUCAACCAGCAAUGGCUGUACUCUCUGGCGUGGUGUGCAGGAACACACUCCGUUACCACCAAUGCAGUCCAAGGACUCAGAAACCUGCAGCGUCCCCUGUUUCUCAUGACAUUCCAGGAGUACAGCAUGAUGUGGAUCCUAACGGACGCCCUGUCUGCGGUCCUCAUCACACUCGUGUUCACCUUUCACUGGUGGCGGGAAAGGGGACUGCCAUGCUGCACUGGCAGGAGUCGGACUCACGAAACUGGGCCGUACAGCAAAUUCCGGACUGAGCUCAGUGAUGUGUGGUCGGUGUUCAAUGUCAGUGAAGCCCGAAGUACCCCUACCUCCUCCGAUUUGCCACCCAUAUACGAAACCCCAGAAGUUCCAGCAUGAUAAUGCAAGCUUUUCAAGUUGACUGCAUCUGAGCCAGGCAGAAGCUGUCCAUCACAUUGAAGGAUACAGAAGACGAAGUGCACGUGCAGAGUUUGUUUCAUCCUUUCACUCCCUUGCUCACAUGUCACUUUUUUACAUUGGCAUGCUCCGCAGGACUGUCAUUUUCAGCGGCUUCUCGCUGGAUUAAUAAGCCAUGGUUUUGUUUUUUUACUCCUACGGUCACUUGCAUUUAUUUAUUCUGUGGAGAGCUGUAAACAGCACGCUGUUCAUCUCUGGAGAGCUGUACUCCUUUACUAGGAGGCACUUUCAGCUUCUCUCAUUCAGUAUUUUAUUCCAACCCUAAAUGUGCCAUACAUGUGCUCAGUAUUGCAGCAGGCAGAACUGUGUGCAGACUGGCUAUGCUGACGGUUCUUUCUGUGCUUCUCCACCUCGAGUAAUAAGCAGGACAGGAGUUUCUUUACACGCACAAAUCACAAUUUCAUUUUCAAGAAGUUUUCAAGAUGCACUGAACCUCUGAGGUCUUGUGCUGUUAUAUUUUGCACUUUUUUAUCAUGGGUCUAGUGGAAAGGUGGAGAGCUGCUUCAGAAGAAGAUUACUGCUUUGCCAAGGUAAUGCAUUUUGGGUAAAGAUGGAAGAAGGAAAAAAAUGCUUUUUUGGAAGUAUGUGCCACAAAGGCAUGUUAUUAAGGGCAACUUUGCCCUUUUUGAUACUCAAGCCCAUCUCUCUCUGGCAUAGUGCUGUAAGGGCUUGUCUAGCUUAUUUGGUACUGUUAGCAUUCAGGCUAGCUUGGCCAUUGUCCAUAUAGCCUUGGAUAUAACCAGGGCUGAUUGGCUAUCCUUUGACCUUUACUGUAUACAUAUAUUUUAUCCAAAUGCUCCAUUGAGGGUGCCAGGUGGGUGAUUGCAAUGGAUUAGUUUGGGAGCCACCCAGAGUAGCACUUUGUGCCAGUAAGCACGUAAAUGCUGCAGUUUUAUGUGGUGGGGUGUGCUGUACAUGAGGAUUGACUUUGUUCCAGGAGUCUUGGCAAAGCGUGAGCCACUUGAAAUUGUUAGACUAAAUGUAAAGCUUAAUUACAUAAAGAUUGCCUAAAUUUAAAAUAAACAGAUUGGUUUUCUAAUAAAAUGGCUUUGAAAUAUA